CCUCUCUCGUCAUAUGUUACACUUUCAGUCCAUCUGCCGGCCAACAUGAUGCUGAGGAGUUGUUGCUCGUUACUAUUGCUGACGGCAUGUCUGGCUCAGCGGCCGUCCACAGGCGACCGUCAAAUCCGUCUGGAGGACAUCGAGAGAGACAACCUCGCCGCUCAGAAAACCUCUCAACAGUCAUCCACCCCUACCUCCUCCCAGCGGCCUCAGCAAACCCCUCAGCAGUCCCUGAGUCAGCAGCAGCUCGCCGCGUAUCAGCAGCAACUACUACUUCAGCAACUCCAGCAGCAGUACUUCGCUCCGACAACUCUUGCCUACGGUAACUUCGGAGGAGUUCCUCUAAUGAUCAUCCCCAGCAACCACCUAGGUGUUGGAGCUCCUCCUGUACCUAUACAAGCGUAUUUCGUUCCAGCGGAUCCUUCAUACGUACCACAGGUAUACCAACCUUACCCGGUUCCCUCACAGAGGUACCAACCUCAAAGAGAAUUCACUGUUCCGAGGCUACAGUCAGUCUCUCAGGAUCUGAACUACAACGUGCAAGUUCAGCCUAGUGUGCAGACUUAUCGUCCCCAGAACUUCCCUUCUGCUAGUAUUGUCUACGCUGGUACUCCCUCAGCCCCUGCCUACCAGCCUACCUACCAGCAGCCCAGCCAACAACAGUUGUACAACGCAUACAACGCUCUCUACCAGCAGAGGCAGGAGAAGAACUCCUUCGCCGCUGGUGUCAAGUCCACGCCCGCUCCUCCUCUGAAGACGCAAGGCCAAGUUUACUCAGCUCAACCUACUCAGACUAGCAGCCCGGUGUACUCAAACAACUACAAGGGAUUCAACUACAAUCAGUAAGAUUCAUCCGUGCAGUCCUAAAGUCUUGAUGCCAUAUUAAUCAAAGUAAAUCUAUUCUCUAAUAUUUUCAAAGACGUUUGCACAGAAAAGAUUAAACUACUGUGAGAAAUAUUUAUGUUUAACUAAAUUUGACAUGGAUAUAGGAAAUGUAUAAAAAUCAUAUAUUAUUCCAAUUGGUUACACGAUUGCAUCAAAAUAGUUUCAAAUGUGGAACACUUAAUUAACAACCAUUCAACUGAAGAGAUGUUAAUCUUAACGGUUUGAUAUUUUAUUUUCUCUUGAAUAGGUGAAGAACUAAAUAAAUAGCUGAAAGUCAUUGCCGUAUUUUAGAUUAGUGGCAUUCAGACACAGUAUACUCUACGCUAGUCUGUUGUAAAUAUUUUAUUGUUAUUCUUUAUUUAGUUAGUAAAUAAACGACUGACUUUUGUAA